AUGAAAAUAUUAACUUUUAUUAGUCUCAUCAGCGCAGUUGCCGCGUUUGAUGUGAUUCGAGAAGCCUUCCGCAAAGUCGACGAUUCUAAAGAUCCUUGUGAUAAUUUUUACCGUCAUGCUUGCCCAAUUGGAUCCGACCGUGAUCUUUUAAUUGAAACUGCAUACGAAGAUCUUUUCUUCCGAAUCAAAGCCAAGUCAGUCGAUGCUAUCUGGAACAAUUUGGAAAUCGAAAAAACUCUCAUGAGAACACCAUCAAGAGAACUAACAUCGACAAACAAUUUUAUUGGUGAAUUAUUCUUGGCUCAAUGUGAAGAUACACACGUCAAGCAUGAAGAAUUGCUACAUUUUUUAAAGCAAAUUGAGCACUAUGUAUUCAAAUUUGACGGCUCAAAUUGUGAGUACGAAGGAUGUCUAUCCGCACUUGCAUCAGAUCACAAUUGCACACGUGCUUCUGAGAAAUUGAAAACAACAGUAGUAAUUGACUUUCUGUUUUUGAAUCUUAGCGAAUUUUGGGAAAAGAAGUUUCGUAUCGCUAAAUAUGGAUUGGAUGGGGUUAAUGCUCUACUUGAUGGCGAGUCCAAACAAGGAGUCUCGAAAGUAAAUCACCUAAUUGAGAGAAUGCAAAAGAAAUUGAUAAGCUGGGUCAAUGAAACCGAAUGGGCUAUUAAUAACGGCGCUGACGAGGCAAUAAUUGAAGAAACUUUACAAGUUCACCACUACGACAACUACGCAGACUCCAUGCGGAAAAACUUGCAGUUUUUAAUGAAACUUGAGCAGGAUUACUUGAAAUGUCUCAGAGACACAAAACGCGAACACGACUUUGAAACUUUCUGUAUGCUCAUGUCUAUUUUUGCGUCAUUUGAAAAUGAGCCUGAUUUGACUUUCUUUACUUUUUACAACGCAUUCAAUGCUCAUCCGAAACUGAGUUUCUCUCAACUGUUCUAUGAUAUGGCAGAAAAUGUUGGAGAAUCUGCAGGAGUGCUUGGAAGCGUAGGAUUUAUUGCUGGCCACGAGCUGAGUCACACUCUGAUCGAAAACGCAAAUGCUCCACAGUUAAUUCCGUAUUUCUCCAAUGAGUCGAUGCAAUGUAUUCAAAACCAAUAUCAAAAAACUUGUGACCACUUUGUGGAGGAGUCAUGUGGUGCUGCAGACAAUCAAAUUGAUGAGAAUGGAUCUGAUAUGCUAGGUCUCCAAUUGGCAUACAGUUUGUUCGAAGAAGAGUAUCAAGGAAGAAUGGAUGAGGAGUAUAUCCGUAUUCAAAAUCUCGAAGAAUAUCGUUCAAUCACAAUGGAACAACUCUUUUUCUACUCUACUGCUUUUGUUGCUUGCAGUGGUAGAAGCCAAAAGCAGCGUUUGGGUGAUGGUCAUUCUCCGUGGAACGUUCGUGUCAACGCUAUUGUUCAACAUCCUGGUUUCAAAAAAGCAUUCAAUUGUCCGGCUAACUCAACAAUGGUGGAAUCCUUUGAUGAUCAGUGCAUCAUUUUCGGAAAAGGAGCUCCGGAAAUGAGAAGAUAA